GUUUGCAGGAAAUCGUUUUCCGUAUCGGGCCCAAAUGCCCCACUUCCUGCCGCGCAUCGUGCAGUCGCUCUACAAGAGCUUCGGUGUUUCGCUCCUGGCGCUGGAGACGACCACCAUUGACUUCCUCAACAUCUUGGUGAUGGGGCAGAUAUGCAUGCACCUCCAGGUGCUCAGCUUGGCCUUCGAGAAGCUGCACGACAGCAGCGCCGUCGACGCCUACAGCUGGCUGGUUGCCACAGUCAAAUACCAUUGCGAGUUGAUUCUUCUGCGCCAGCAAGUGGAGCGCAUCUUCAAUCUGGCUGUGAUGCUGCAGUUCGUUAGCUCCGUUGUCAUUGUGGCCAUGACCGCCUUCCAGGUCAUCGUGAUCGGCGACGGCUCGAAGAGCUCCAUGAUAAUGAACCUGAUGCUCUGCUGCGUGCUCUGUCAACUGUUUCUGUACUGCUACUUUGGCAACGAGGUGUACGAGCACAGCAAAUCCCUCUCCAGCGCUGCCUUUGGCUGCAAUUGGUAUUCACUCGACCGGAGGUGCAAGAAGACCUUGUUGAUUUUCAUGGUAAACGCGGAUCGUCUAUUUCUGUUUACGGCUGGCGGCUUUAUGGGUCUCACCUUGCCCAGUUUCACUUAUAUCAUAAGCAAGUCCUAUUCCCUUGUGGCGGUGCUCAGGCAAAUGUACAGCAGGUCUUAGAGGAGCUAAUGGAGAGAAGAGGAUUGGAGAGGGGUGGGCAGAGAGGGAGUGGCAUUUCAAGCACCUAUAGAAUAUAAUCACAUAAUUAUGGAACCAUUAAAAUGUCAUUAGCUAAUCAAAUUGAAUAUUCUAUGCACGCAAUGGGUUAAAGGUGUUAAAAGGUGUCAUUACAUCAUUAUAUCACAGCCCUAUUCCUUAUAAGUAUAUAAAUAGAAACGAAGUAUAUGAUAUGUUCCAGAAAUAUGAACAAGGAACUCGUUAGCUUUGAUCAAUAUAUGUAUAAUAUAUCGAAGAGUACGCUGUGUGCCAUUCCAUCGGGGCAGAGAGAACUUGGUGUAGAUGCUCGAAUCGGAGAAUCGAACUGGAGCUAAAAGACGCAAAGAAUCCGCAGACGAAGCAGAAUCGAGCGACGCAGACUCGAUGAUUGGAGUGGAUUUAAUGAAGAUUUAAUGAGUGCUUGCGGAGUGCAGCUUAUACACACAUACAAACACACAUACAUAUGUACAAGCAUGUAUAGACAUAUGUAUAUGUAAAACUGAAUCAACUAAUUAUGUUUGUUUUUUAUAUUUCCACGAUAUUGUGCAGAUGGGGUAUAGAGUUCGUUUA